AUGCUCUCGACUCAAAGGAUCCAUCCGCUCGGGCAGCGCCUCCAGCUCUGCUGUCUGCUGGGGCUGCUGCUGUCAGUCCUUGCUCUCCCCAGCCCCGCUGAGGCGCGGCACACACGGCGUCCCAGGCGCACGACCACGACCACGCCCCGCACACCACGGCCCACGCUGCUGCCGGACCGCCACUGGCCACCGUCGGUGCUGCCAGCGGCCACCACCGAGGCAAUGCCUCGCCUGGUGGACAGCUUCGAUCAGCGUUCCGCCGAUGGACAAUACGAGUUCAGAUACCAGCUGGAUGAUGGCAACACUCGCUACGAGCGCGCCUACUGGCUGCCCGUGGGCAAGGAGCUGGUGCUGGCCCGCAAGGGCUACUACUCCUUCCCGCUGCCGAAUCGGCAGUUCUCCACCGUCUUCUACAGGGCCGACCACCUGGGCUACCAUGUGGACAUGAACACAUUAUCCGGGAAGCAGCCGCCGUUGCCACGCAACCUUGAAGUGCCGCAGGAGCAGGAGCAGGAGCUGGAGCAGGAGCCUGCAGCUGGAGUCAGAGCUGAUGCUGGCAAGGAUGAGGUGCAGGAUCCAAAUGCACUAAACCAAGUCGAAACCGAGACCGAAACCGAGACCGAGACCGAGCCAUCAACUGUGGCCAACGACAUUUUGGCAACAGAAGCAGCAGUCGGCAGCCAUGAUGAUGCUGAGGUUGUUGGAGGCGUCUCCCAGUGAGCAGCAGCAGCAGCAGCAGCAG